AUGAGUCAACCUGCGCUUAACUCCAACCCUUUUCAACGCAAGCUUCAAGCUUUAGACUACCACUCAUCUGCAAAUAUUGACAUUGACAACCCUAACGAUCUAAAAACUCUUGUAAUUUGGCUAGAGGAUUUGAAAAUAAGACAUUACAAGAUUGAAGAUAGGGGACCGUUACGCAAUGACACUGGAGACAACUGGAUGACGGCAUUUAAGAAUUAUACCGCUGCUUUGCAAUGUCCAUACGAUCCUGUCCAAUCUUUAUAUGCAACUAUUGACUGGCUUUUAAGUAUAGCUUUAAGAUAUGAAUACAGUGAGAAGGUUGAUAGUAUCCAGAACUUCAACGAGGACUGA